AGUAGCGAACAUCUCUGUUCCUGCGGGACCCGUCUCUCGCUCAGCGCUCGUGCGUUAGUCAGCAGUUCGCUGUGUGUACCUCUGCCGUUUCGUAGGCUAUUAGCGUAACGCGGUUACUGCUGGUUCAGGAAAGAGUGUAAGCGAGAGGUCCGUAGAGGUACAGGUUACACUCGCUUUUUGGCGCGGAACGCGUGCAACCCGGCUGCACGAGAGAAAAGUUUCUUCGCCCAUCUGUACCUUGCGUAUGUGUGUGUGCGCGCGUGUGUUCCCUUGAUCAACGUACGGUGGAAUGUUUUGACUCGAGAUGCAACGCCGUAUGAUAUACAAACAGGUUUCUGAUACAAACUGACAACAUCCGCCAACAGCCUAUGCGCCUCGGCUCCACCGACUAGAGGAGGACUAUACACGCACGGAUAGCGUUACUGUACGGUAAAACCCAAUCAUGAGUUCAACGGUGAGAACCCGGCUCCUCAAAUGGGGCAACGCGCCGAGUCCCGAUAAGAGCACCGACGGCAAGGACGCCGGUGUGAAGACAGAAAGCACAACAAGGAUCACGAAGUCGUCGACGUCAUCGUCGGCAGCGGCAAAGAUGGACGACCUGCAAGGUUCCUCGGCGGGAGGCGAUCGCAACAGGAGCAGCGGUCUGCAGUGGAGCAGCAAAAGCUUGCAGAGCAACGGCACUGCACGCAGCAACGGGGAAGAGGAUCGAGCGAAGAUGUGGAGCCGAAGCUCGCGGUCCGACCACCAGCACGGCGGCGGCGACAGCCACGCCGACCGUGGCAAGAUGACAGGCAGCCGACAAACGACCAUCGAGAAUACACGGAGCUACGAGAGUGGACGCGACGCCGACGGGCUGACCAGCACGCCCGUGCGACCGGGUCGCGCCUCGAAGCAAGCCGGCAGCUUCACGACGACGAGGACGGCCGAGGAAGACCGCAGGUUCAUCAACGGCAAAGACAUGACGGAGGAGUCGGCUGACUCGGGCGUCGGCUGGGAGAGUCCCGUGCACGCGACCGACGACCGCACCGACGAGUGGGUGAAGGGCACGCACACGACGGUGCCGAUGGAUGCGUCGAUCCGCCGCCUCAUCACCAACUACUCGAAUCGCUCGCACAUGUACCCGUCGCCUGGUUCGUCGAUGCUGCCGACGACCAUGCAGCAGGCCGAGCUGGAGGCGCAGGAGUACCUGCAGGACCGCAAGGUCGAGAAGAAGCAGCUCGGACAUCUGAACAACCGCUUCGAGAGCUACAUUGAACACGUGAAGAACCUCGAGUCGGAGAAUAUCUCGCUGCUCGCCGAGCUGCGAACCUACCAGGAGAAGUACACGAGCAUGUCGCUGCACCUGAAGAUGAAGUACGAGACGGAGAUCAACGAGUGCCGACAGCUGGGCAGCAACCGACAGGACGAGAUCAACGCGAUGACAGCGCGCCAGAAGGAGUUACUCGCGCAGCUGGAGGAGUGGAGGAAGAACUACAAUGACAUGCUCUCGGAAAGUAAGGACUACUCCAAGGAGAUACGUAUGCUGGAGCUGCAGAUCAAGGAGAAGGAAGGUCAGAUAACAGCAUUGGAGGCGAUGAUCAGGAGCCUGCAGAGAGACUGCCAGGAGCUGGUCGAGAUGCUAGACAAGCUGACGAGAGAGAAGCGACAGCUAGAGGGUCCGAAUGAUGAUCGCGCUCGCACGUGGGACAUCAAGGAAAAGAUCAAGAUUAUUCAGCAGAGGAAAGCAGACAAGGAAAGACAACACAGUGAGGAGAUUGAGAAGCUGAAGCUCAGACUUAAAGAGAAGCAGGAGAGAAUGCGGACGAAUAUGAGCAGGGAGGAUUACCUGACCAUCCUACAUACGAUCAACAGAGAAAACCCGGGACUGAUUCCAUACCACGGAAGUGCUUUGAACACCAUCAUCACAGAAGUGGUGGAGACUCACACAACUGACUAUACGCAGCUUAAACAUGAAGCUGAUCUACGAAGCAGAGAACUGGAGGAGCUAAAGAGAAAGAACGACUGGCUGAGGAAACGUAUUGCCGAGCUGGAGGCCAUGUUGCGAGGACAUAGGGAGAAGCUACGAGCUCAGAUUGAUGAACGCAGCCUGCUAGUGCGUGAGCAGACCCACAACUACACGACUAGCACCAUCGAAUAUCAAGAGCUGCAGGACCACAACAGACAGGCUGAAAUAGAGCUGGCAAGGUUGCGUAGGCUAAAGGAACAGAUAGAGGAGGAAGAGAGGCGACUGAAGUUGCAGCGGGAGGAGGAGGAGCGCAGAAUGAGAGAAGCGGAGCAGGAGUGGCGGCGGCGGGAACAGAUUGAGAUUGAGGAGCGAAGGCGGAUCGAGAUCGAGCGCACUGAGACCAUAGAGCGCCGCAACCGCCAGCUGGAACUGGAUGAGCAACAGCGCCGCCAGAGGGAGCUAGAGGAACAACGGCACCGCCAGAGGGAGAUGGAAGAGCGUGAACGCCGAAUUAGGGAGCAGCGAGAACAGGAGGAGCGUAGGCGGGUAGAGAUGGAAGAACAUAGGCGGGUGGAGAUAGAGGAACGAAGACGCAAGGAAAUCGAGCAGAGGCAAAUGCGCGUGCGCAUGGAGGAGAGGCGCGUGACCGAGCAGACUACGGAGAACGUUAACAUCGUGCGUCAGACGCAGAGUCACGCAGUGAGAAGGACGGCGCCGACUCUUAGCAGCGUGCAGCAGCAUCAGCAGGUGCUCAUCACCACGGAAACAUUGCACGCGCCGCCGCCGAAACCGACGCCUAGACGACCGAAGCGUAAGGAGAGUGCGCUGACGGUCUCCUGGGACGAGAUCAAGCCGACGUCGACGUCCAAGACCGAGGUGUUCCGCACCAACCAGGGGCCAGUGUCGAUUCCGGAGGUCGAGGCUCACGGUCACUUUGUGCUGCUGGAGAACGCCAGCUUUAAGCUGAAGAAGGACGUGUUCGUGGGCAGGUGGACGGUGGAGCGCUGGAUCACGCCAUCGCGCAAGCUGCUCUUUACCUUCCCGGACAACUUCACGCUGAAGCACGAGAAGGAGUGCAAGAUCUGGGCGAGAGGAGCACCGGGUGCUAUCCACAGCCCACCAUCAAACAUUAUUUGGCAGGACGUGACCUCCUGGGGUGUUGGCAUAAAUAUCCCCACUCGCCUACUAGAUGACAAAGGAGAGGAGAAGGCUACUCACAUGGAGCGCAGAAAGUAACUGGCCGUUUAUGAGCAGCCGAGGGAAUGACGAUUUUCCAUAUAACAAACGCCCAUGACACAUGUUCCCAUGAAUACAUGCUUACAUACGGCAAUGAAAAUUCAUUUAAACGGGCCAGCGUAAGAUAAGUUAAACGGACCGAUCCAGUAGAAGAUCGGGCGCUGGCUGGCUAUAAUAUUAGGAAACGAUUCAACCACUGCGAUGACACGCAGACUUAGAUUUUAAAAUUACCAUGGAGCAACAGUCAAGGGUAAAGAGACACACCAAUUAGGCGACAUAUGUUGGGUAUCAAUGGUAAUAUAUCAAGGAGAACGGGAAGUCACUUUCCCGAGUGCACUGAUACUGGUGCUAGUUGCACGGCUACGUAGAUUUAACUUGCCAUCAAUUUUAUUGUAGUUGGAAUUAUGAUUAUUGUAGCCUCUAACCAGUCUUUGUUACACGUACAAGUUCUCGCAUUUAACCGUGCGUUCAUUCUGUGUGUAUUAGUAACAUGUCAGCGUCAGAGUCGGACGGCGAUGAUGCUAAACUUCUAAUGCUUGCGGAUUAUAGCCAAUUAUUUAUACAGCGCGAGCCUGCUUCUUAAAUAAAUAAAAUUAAACUCGUACAUCCAGAACAUUGAAAUCACGGCAAAUCACGCAGUGCAAGGUUCGGCGUCCAUAUAACAUUGGGAGCAAUGUCGCUUUGCCCACCCUGCUGCCUUUCUGACCUCCCGAACCUAAGAUGUAUGUCCUUUGUAAGCAAGCAACAUGCGUGUACAACAAGACAUCAUGAGUAUGUAGUGGAAAGCAGUAGUAUCAAACACAGUGUAGCAGAAGCAGAUCAUGAGUAUAGGCAAAGAGGCAGCAGUAGGAGUAGAAGUAAUAGGCGAUUCACGAAUAAGAUGAGAUGUGUGCUUAACAGCUGUUUCUCAAAAGCGAGUACAACUAGUUCAGGUGGCAUUAACCUAAUUGUAGGAAAAUGUCCGAAUAUUUAUCGGAAUCAUAAUAUGGGUUUAACAAUAAUAACUGAUAAAAGCCUUCUUGGUAUGUAUAUUCCCUGUAUAUCUCUUUCCUUGAGUUGUGCGUUAGGAUGUCACAAUAUAUGAAUGUUUUUCCUGUUAGGUGUGGUGACAAACUAAUGAUUUGCCGCCGACUGAUAUUUGACAGAAGAAUAUGUAAUGAUUGCGAGCAGUGUAUAGAAUAAUAGAGUAUCAUUAAUAAAUACAAGUUACAAUAGUGUAAUAUUAAUAUUUGAAAUGUUAUUAUUACCAUCAUUAGUACGAUAUACGUACAUUACUGGUAGAUGUAUACAAUACGUGUAUCACACUGACGUCACCAUCAAUAUGAUGAACAGUUUAUUUCAACAUUUCAUGAGACUGAAUACGAGCUAUAAAAAGUUGAUUUGUGUUUCUGGAACAAAUUAUUUAAACGUAUCAAGUAUCAUUUUGAGUUAUCACUGACAACCAACAAUUAAUACUUAUAUAUGCAAGUGUUAUAUUAUAGUAUAACGUUUAAUGGUUAAGAUUUACGAUAAAGCAUAAACUUUAGAUUAUAAACAGAGACCACGCUGUUUAAUGUGUUACUAUACUUAACAUCUAAUUUGUCAGGCUUGUUUGUUGCGUAAUACCAGAUGUAAAGUGUAUUCAGCCCGGACAUGGUAAUAUUAUACAUGCUGCAAUGGGUAGUUCUAGUAAGCCGCUAUAUUCAAGUGUUGUAUUGUAUAGAUACCUAUUAAAACGAUGUAAAUAUA